GUAUUUUAAACUGAUGUUGUUAUGCUGGUUUUGUGUUAGGGCUGUGUUAGUAGAAGGGUGUGUGUUUAUACAUACACAUACACACACUCACUCGCAAAGCUCCGAUUAGCACGGCUGGCUUGCUGGCUGCGUAUACGGUGAAGAAAGACGUUCAACAAUAACAUUCCACUCGCAGAUGGCGUGUUUUGAGAAAAAGUGCAUCAUUGUAACAGCUAUCCUUCUGACUUGCUGGUUGACAACUGCCAGUUCGCUCAGAUUCCUUUACGGGGAAAUCGGACUGCCGUUUGAGAUGCGUUGUCUGCCUGUGAGCACGGCGAGACUUCGCUCCGACAACGUCGUUGUGUGGCGACUGAACGGCUCAGCGAUGCACAACAGCUCCGACUUCUUCAUUCAGAGCACCCUCCUGAGAUUAAAGAAAGUCGUCCUCUCGAAUCGAGGAGAAUACUCGUGCCACGAUGCCAGCACGGGCCGCGAGUUGGACCGCGUUGCUUUCAAGCCAGGAUAUCCUCCACAUUCGAUAAACGUCUCCUGCAGGUGCAACGAUUACUCAAAUUGCCUCUGCACCUUCCAUUUAAACAGAGAAACUUUCCUGCCCACCAAUUACACUGCCGUGUACUGGGAUAAAUCAUUCAAAGAUUGUCUCACAGAAAGUAAAGACAGCUGUCUUAUACGAAAUGUAUAUUUGUUUGCUGUUGAGAUGUUCACACUCACAGUAACUGCAGUCAACGACCUCGGAUCCACAAAUGUUACCGCCACCUACACGGAUAACAUCGUUCAGCCGGAUCCUCCAGAGAACGUGACGGCGCACCGUGUGAAGAAUGCCAAAAGCAGCAUUCUUGUCACCUGGCAGGAGCCGUCCACGUGGAAUAGUGACAUGCAACUCAAGUAUGAAAUGGACUACAAGCCGAAUCAAACAUCAAGCUGGCAAACGGUGGAAUUGAACGAGAAUCAUUUCACCAUCACUGACGCUCGUCAAGGGGAGCCGUACGUGGUGCGUGUGCAUUGCCACGAUAUCUUUCUGGGCAGGUGGAGUGAGUGGAGCCCCCAAGUCUACGUAGGGACAAAGCAGGUGUUUGGCGUUCUUGGCUCGGAGGUCACCUUGAAGUGUAGCUUCCCUGAAGAUACAAUGGGUGGCCAAUUCGUGUGGACAUUGAAUGGCUCUGGACUCACAGCCAACAGCGACGUCUCUCUCCGGCAGAACCGCCUCACGCUCAACAAUGCCAGUGCUCAGCACGCAGGGUCCUACUCCUGUUCCCCUGCCGGCACGAAUGAUGCUGUAGACUACAUUCUGCUCAACCUCGGAUGUAAGAUGCAGACCCAGCGUUUUGAUUUUUUUUUAAUUGACCGCAACUUUGCAUGAAGUUUUGCGCACGUGCGUAUACAUAUGAUUGGAAUUUGUUUCAUUAUGUGGAGCAAUGGCACAGUCACGAGUGCACUGCGCUAUCAACAACAAGGCAACUCCUAUGACUAAUUGGGAAUGGGACGCAAGCGUAGGAUUGAUCACCCUGUCACUGGCCGCCUUUGGGGAGGGUGUAUAGUGUGAAAGGCCGAAACACCCUAGGAACCAAAGGUACACUACUGAUGAUGCGCUCCCCAAAUUUCACCAGGCUCACUGUUCAUGAACUCUUGGAAGUGCUUGCACAAAGGAUAGUAACAUCUCAUCCUGUGUUCUUGGAAUCUAAUCAGCGACCCGAAUUUUUUAUUCCCAACAACGGAGAAUUCUACACAAGCUGCUUCUGGGCCCCUCAUCACAAACCCACACUGAGCAGUGCGGUGGUGGAGAAUAAUAAAACAAGCCCCAUCGCACGACGUGGAAAGGCCUUCAUCCGGCAGUAUUCAUAGUUAUUCCGUAACUUAAAAAAAUCUCUGCAAAAAAAUGUUAUAAUAUACACGGCCUUUU